AUGCAUCCAUUGGGGGUAGCUGCUCCGUUGCUGGUUUUGCUGGCGGCGAACGGCACUACGGUGCUCGACUGUGUCUGCCUUAAGAUCUACACCUCCAACUUCCAGGGCUACGGUGCAGACUGGAUAUAUAACGCCUACUGUGCAGGAUCCAGCCGCACUGAUGUGUUGAUAGCCUACAAGACCCUCCAGUAUCGGUCCAUCGGGGUGCGUGCCAUGCUUCGCCUGAUAACGAGCUGGAUGCUGGGACGCCAGAGCCUCGGGUACGAGGGAUGCGACGACGGCCUGGCUGCUCUCGCCGGCCUCACUGACACCACGGCCAACAACCAGCUCGCUAUGGACCUCGCGUGCUUCGUCGCUGCCGACUGCAUAGACUCCUGCUCUGCGUCGGGGUCUAACAUCACGGAGUGGAACGUGGAAACGCUGACCUCGGACGAUCAGAGGCGUCCUGUCCUCUCCAAAUUACUGCGCACCCUUCGGCACAUCACAAAAGCCAUACGCCUAGGCAGAAAAUGCGCCGGGCGCCAAAAAUGGAAUUUUCUCCAGCGGCACUUGAACAAAACAGAACUGGAGGCCGAGGUGCCCGUCUACCUGGAACACGUCUCCAGCUACUCACGGAAUGUUGCCCAGUUGCUCUCACAUGGUGUGAGGCAUAUAUCAGCAGCUUUGGUUCCGUUCGCAUUCGACAUCAUGGAUACUCACCCGAAUGAUGAGCUACUCAGUACCUGGAUUAAUCAUGUGGAGCAUAUGAGGGACAUGCUACACACCAAAUUAAGGGGUUGGAUACAGGAUAUGCAAUACGUCAGCGAGCAGACAGCGAAUUACAAGGUGGAAGAAGACAAGAAGUCGCCUGGGAAGUAUAUAAUAAGGCUGCCGCUGUUGAAUGAUCGCCUGCUGUCGUAUCACGGGCAGUACCUCGCCUUUCGCGACGACUUCAGCGCGCAGUGUGAGAAGCAACAGCCAGAGGCGUCGUCAAUGUUCGCUCUCGCCGACGUGCUCUACGGCUUCUACUACCACGUCUGGUUCAACGAAGCUCGAAGUUUCCUGCCGCUUUACGAAGUUCAUUACCGUAUGACCGCCAGGCCUGGAGUACCAGACGAACGUCCUAUCUACAUCAAAGGCGAGGAGUGGCAGCUGGAGGACAAAAGCAACGCUACGCUGUCCGUGGACACUGGCUGCAUGCAGCUGUUGGCCAACGCCCUGGACCACCCCAUGUGCCCACUGGAAGACCUGCCUCCGGACACCAUCAAGCGGCGCGAGCAGUGCCGUGUGCAGCUGUGGCACGACCUGUCGCAGGGGUCGCCCCACAUACCCGUCACCAGCUACCUGGCCUACACGCAGAGGGCCAACGUCAACCUCUGCCUCUUCGCCUGGAUGACUGUCAACUCGAUCAGCAUUUCUUGCAAGACCCUCGAGUAUCGGUACAUCGCGGUGGGUGCCAUGCUUCGCCUGAUAACAAGCUGGACGCUGGGACCCUGGAGGCUCGGGUUCGAGGAGUGCGACGACGGCCUCGCUGCUCUCGCCGGCCUCACUGACGCCACGGACAGCGACCAGCUCACCAUGGACCUCGCGUGCUUCGUCGCUGCCGACUGCAUCGACUCCUGCUCUGCGUCGGGGUACGUACGCCACUGA